AAGCAAAAAUACUAGGACAUGUAAACUGAAAAUGGCAACGGGAAAAGAACUACCAAAAUCCACGAAGGAUUCAGAGGAGACGUUUGAUAUUCACUGUUCACCUUGCUCAGACAAGGGCACAAUAAAGGAAGCUAAAAAGUUAUGUGUAGAUUGCGGAUCAUACCUUUGUGAUACUUGUCUACAGUAUCAUAAACAGUUUCCGGCAUUGAAACUGCACCAGAUUGUUGACAAAUCUCACCCGGGAAGUAUUCACGCUGUGACGGGCGCACAAACAGAUCGAUGUGCUGUCCACCCAGGACGUAUCAUAGAUAAAUAUUGUAUAGACCAUGGUGAAAUAUGCUGUGAAGCAUGCAUCACAAUUAAACACAGGUCUUGUGUGAAUGUUGACAAUUUAUCGAAUGCGGCAAAUGGAAUACGCGACAGUCAAAAGCACAAGGACACCAAAGAGGGCCUGUACAACGUUAUCAAACGAAUUUCCCAGAACAAGGAAAAGUUUGUGAACACCAUAGCAUGCCUUGAUCAAAAGAAAGAUUCAAUCCUGAAGGACAUUGAUGCUUUUCAAGACAAACUAAUUAAUGGCAUAAAAGAACUGGCAGACGUUUCCAGGAAAGAGGUUGUGUCUAAUCAUGCUGAACGAGUAAAAACCGUUCAGUCAGAUAUUAGGGAACUUGAAACAGUUUUGUCAGUAGCUGAAGACAGUGUAAUGGAUGUAUGUGCUAGUGGACUCAACGACGCUCAAGUACUGAUUAAUUGUAAGAAUGCUAAAAAGGUGAUUACAGAUGUCGGGACGGUUGUUGAAGCUCUGUCCAACAAUCAAGACCAAAGUGACUUUUAUUAUAGCUUUGACAAAACGUUGGCAGAUAACAUUUCCGGUAUGAAAUCAUUGGGGAUCCUUAAUGAUGAAAAUGACUUACCUUAUUUUGCCAAAAGGUACAAGUCAGUCAAUGUUAAUUGCAGUGAAGUAAAUGCCAUAUGUGUGUUUGAAAAUGGAACAUUCGCAUUCGUUGAUUGUGUAAGUGAAAGUAUAACGAGGCUGAAUAGUGAUUAUGCAAUUAUAGAUCAACUGACACUUGAUGGGCAUCCAGUGUCACUGUGUGUUACUGGACCACAGGAAGUUGCGCUUGCGUUACGCGAUGAGAAGAAAGUACAGUUUAUUCUGUGUGACAGAAUAUUGUCAGUUGGGAAUUCAUUUAAAAUUCCCCAGAUAUGUACGGGUCUUGGUUACGACUCGUACUCUGGUCACCUGUAUAUUUGUAGUGGAGCUAAAUGGAGAUGGAAUGAGUCAGGAAGAGUUGAUGUUUACAAGAAAAGCGGUACACUUGUAAAAACCUACGAACGUGAUAACAUCGGAAUACAAAUAUUUUCCUCGCCAAAGCAUAUAUGCAUCGCGUCAAAUGCAAUUUAUGUUGCAGAUAGCAACAAUGGACUGAUUGCUUUAAAAAAAGAUGGUGACAAAAGUUGGACAUUUACAGACAGAAAACUGAAGAGUGCAUGGGGAGUUUGCCUUCUGUCCGAAACUCAACUUCUAGUGACUGGAAUAAACUCGAAUAACGUUCUGCAUAUCACAAAUGAUGGAAAAGAAAUAUGCGAGUUUCUUGGAGCCGGAGAAUCAUUAAACAAACCAUUCACAGUGGUCUUUGACAGGCUAAAUUCUAGAAUAAUGGUGGGCUGUAGGUCAGGUGUGAUAACAGUAUACACAUUGUCUAGACCACCACGAACGGGACACUCAAAUUACACUUUGUUGAACAUACACAGUAUUAUUAGAAGUUUAAACAAGAUAUGAAA